AGCGGUCAAUUGCCCUCUGUUGAAGGCAUUUACUCGAAAAUCUCAAUAAAUUCCGAUUUUGGAGGUUACUGUAGCUUUUCUGGACAAUUUUGAUUAUUCCAUAGGUCUUGAGACAACACUUGACAACAAUUGAAUGAAAAAAACGUGAAAAAUCCGGGAUAACCCCGAUAAAGUGAUAAACAAGUGAGAAAAAUACCUCGAGAAAGAAACAGAACAGACAGGACUUGCAUACUGCAGUUAUGUGCUUCCCCCACAAUAAUAGGAUUGUUUUAUGGUGAUAAUAUGUCAAAAUCAAACAUAAGAAAAAUAACAGUUGACCCUACGAAAUGUAAUACAGACUCAAGGAGGCCAAGUGUUUUUGAAAGAUUGGGGACUAAACCAGUGGCCACUGGGACACAACAAAUAACGUCUGAUUAUUGUAGGAAUUGGGCAUUGAAUGGCAGUUGUUCGUAUGGUAAAACUUGCAAAUAUGCAAACACUCAUACUCUUAUAAGCCCCUCGAAAAGAGCGAAGAAGGACUCAGCAAAUGCCAGUGCCCCAGUGACGAAAGAGGAUCCAUUCAAGCGCGUCACGUCAAAAAUAGUAAAGAAAACCCCCCAUUCCCCGGACUUAAACCUCGAGGAGUGGAAUCAAACAGAUCUCGAGUACGAGGACGAAAAGGUCCUGGAGCGCCGCCGUCAGCUGCUGCAACGCGAGCUGGAGCUCCAGAUGAAAAAAGACAAAGAGGUACACCCAAAAGAGCGACCUAAACACAAAAAGAAAAUCAUGACAUCGUCUUCCUCCUCUCACUCCUCCUCGUCCUCGUCGUCCUCGAGUUCCUCCUCCAGCGAGGACUCGUCAUCCUCCUCCUCGUCAUCCUCCCGUAAGAAACUCAAAAAGACAAAGCAAAAGCGCGCACCAAGUCCUCCUUCAGACUACGAGGACGACAAAGACCGAAAGAAAAAAUUGAAACUCAAAAGACUAGCCAAAACGGAAAAAAACCCGAAGAAAAAGCGAAAACUUGAGGUCGCACCUUCAAAAAAGGACAAGGACCUUCCGAAGGCCUCGAAGAAGGCCCUCCCUCAACGAAAGCACUCGGUAAUUCGUCCUAAAUCCCCAACUACAUCCGCAAAACCGAAGGAAAUUCGAAAUCGAAGUGAAUCCCCAACGAAAUCUAAACGCGAUCCUUCCAAGGACCUCCCAAAACGCGUUCGAACCUCCGAGGACCCUAAAGACCCUCUGAAAGACCCAAAAGACGCAAAAUUGAGGCCCGAAAAAUUAAAGGACAUCGAAAAGCCGAAGGUGCGCCUCCCGGAGGAAAAACCCCCCGCGAAACAAAAAUCAAAAUCGAAAGAGAGAAGAUCACGUACUCCUCCGAAGCCUCAGAAAUCGCCCCUCCUCUUGAAACGCCGGAGUAGAACCCCUGAGAAACGUCAACCGAUAAAACGUGAUUCACCUAGGCCCUCGAAGCCCUCGUCGACACCUUCACGGCCCUCCUCGACGCCAUCGAAACCGAAGGAUCGAGAGAUUCACAAGCCGGAGCGAAAGGAUCACGACAAUCCCCUGAAAAAAAUGGAGUCUCUAAAACCUCGUGCCCUCCAGGAGGAGCUCCGCAAGCCCCUGCCACGUGAUCUGGAGGACAAAAGGAGAUUGAAGGAGCACCGGGAGGAGCGGAAACCCCCCCACGACCCGCGGGAGGACAAACUCCAUCCAAGACGGGAUAAGGAUCGUGAGGAUCGGCCGAGGGAGAGGGAGGAGCGCCCUCGUGAUCUCAAGGACAUGAAAAUUGGCCCUUCCCCGUUGAUGGACAAGAGGUACCUGCGGGAGAAGGAGAAGCCCAAGGAGCUCCUGCCCAAGGAUGACAAACUAUCGAGCAGGGAUCGUAGAGGGGAUCGAGAGAGGGAUCGCAAUCCUCCGAAAUUCGAUAAAUACGAGAAGGAUCAGAGGUUCAGGGAGAGAUCGCCUGAGAAAUCGAAUUUAGAGCGAGAGGUGUAUGAUAGGAAUCGACACAGAAGGUUCGGGAGGUUCGACGAGAGAAAGGACAAGGAGUUUCCUCCAAAGGUUGAGAGGCGAGAGAGUCCCAGGGGAAUGGAGGUCGAUCGAAGCUUUGAUCGAGGUUACCAAAGACUCGAGUGGGAGGGACCGGAGGACAGCCACUUCCACGAUGACGAACCCCGGAGGAAAAAUCCGGAGGGCAGAAGAUUUAACUCACCAUUCGUGGAGAGACGAAAUCGCGAGAGGGAGGAAAGGGGUGAGGUCAGGAGAUAUCCAGAGAGAAAUUUUGAGGAGCACCAUCAUCAUUUCCCUCAGGAGCCGAGGGAGAAGGUGAGGGCUGUGGACAGAAGAGAGGAAGGAGAAAAGUGGGAGCCAGAGCAUGGGAGAGAGAGAUAUCCAAUUCCUCAGCCAUUAGCUCCGGAGUGGGAGGAGCGUGAGUGGAAUUCAAAUAGGGCGAGGCCAGGAGCUAGGGUGGAACGGAGUGAGUGGGAGCGAGAGAGUGUUCCAAGGUCGGAAGCACAUGAGGAGGACUGGAACCAGAGGUAUGACAGUCCAAUGUCAGAGUGGAAGGUCAAUGAGGCGAGCAGAAAGUGGGAGAAUCCCCAGGUGCAUUUGCGGGGGAAUUACAGGAGUGAGAGGAUCAAGGAGAUGGAGAUUGAUCUGCAUAAGAGACGACCUUAUGGCACUGGCACUCCGGAGGUCGAUGGAGGAUCUCAUGGAUCCAAGCAGAGUUCACUCCAUGGAAGUAUGAAAGAGGAGCCGAUUAACAAAAAAUUGAUGGAACUGGCGGAGGGCAGACCUCGGAGGAGCAGAGAAAAGUCGGAGGAUUCGUUUGGAAAGAAGGGCGGAGGGAAGGACAAGGGAGGGUCGGUCCUUCCGGAGGUCAAAGAGCCUCCGGAGCCGAAGAGAUUGUGUCUGGAUGAAUCAGUGGCGCAUCAUACAGAGAGCGAUCUCAGUGAUAUCAGCGAUGAUCCUGAUGAUAUAUUGAAUAUGGAGGAGGAGGAGAAUGAUAAGAAGGUCGUUGAGGAGGAGGGGCUUCCAUCGACACCCCGUCAGGAUCCUCGGGAGUCACCGGAGGAUGUUCUCCAGGGUGAGGAGCCUGGCGUCAUUUCUAAGGAGAGGAAGGAGGAGAAGGAGGAAAGGGAGGAGCCGAUGGAGGAGGACAACUUGGAGACGAUGGACUUUGAGGAGAUCUCGGAUGGAGAGCUCGAGGAGGACAUCAAGACCAGUGGAAAGGGCCUUGGGGAUGCUCUUGGUGUGGACUGGGAGAGUCUUGUUAAGGAGUCACAGCCCAGGCGAGGGAAUCAGGAGUGUGAGGAGAGAGCUCAAGGCAGGUGGGAGUGUAGGGCUAUAUUCCAGAGGAUCGGGAUCUCUAGGAGGUAUGCUGGGGAUGAACUUGUUGAUAAACUCUGUGCGAAAUAUGGGGAUGGGGGAGAUUUUUUGCUCAGUGGAGUUGCUAUGGUUCAUGCUGGAAUGUGGAGGCAGAAGGUCCUGGGGGGUGAUGGGGAUGGAGAGGGCGCUAGCGACGAGGAUGAGGAGGUUCUCAAGCCCUUUGUUGAGCUCUUUGAAGAAGCCAAAAAAAUGGUGGAGGGAAAUUGUUGAAGGCUGUGGAGAGUGUGGGG